AUGGGGCAGGGAUUUGAAGUGUGUGUGGCAGAGAGGGCCCAACCUUUUCCUUGUCUGCUUGCUCCAGUUGUCCCACCACCAACCCCAGAAAGAAAAACACCUGAGGUACCACAUGGCUCCAUUUUGGCAUCUCCCAACGUGUCCUUUUAAAAAAAAAAUCACUGCUGGGGUUUAAAAAAAAUCACUGCUGGGGUUUACUGUAUAGUUUAGUUAGGCCUUCAUCCUGUCAGCAGAAUCUCUGGAAGUUUCCUUCUCCCACCACCCCACUCGGCAGCCAGAAAAGCACCCCACUUCUUAGCACUCCUCAAGGACACUUAUUCCUUCCUUAUUUCCACACCCGUUCGAAAAUCUACCUCUUUUCUCCUAGUGUGUGUUUGGUUUGUGUGUUUGUUAUUUUUAGCCGGGGGUGGGGGUGUUGAACUUUCAUACUUCUGUUGUUAAUUAAUUUGUAUGUUGUUUUCCUGGCUUUUUUUUGCGGGGGAGGGCGGCUGUUGGAUGUUUUUUUUAUUCUUAAUUUUUUCAGUUUCAUUUAUUAAUUUAUGACCCCGUCGGUUUUUAGAGACUCAAAUCCAGAAUGCGUGUGUGCGUGUGUGCAUUUUUCCUUUGUCCCUGAAAAAGAAAAUGAAAAAAACAAAAAACACAACCAACAACCUGGAAACUUGAACUGUCUUGGCUGUAAUAAUUUUUUUUCCUCCUAAUUUAAUUGUGCUCCAUGGUAGCUGAAUUAAAUUUAUGCUGUGUAUUUUUCUCCUGUGAUUUUUUAAAUUUCUCUUCCUAUUAUUAUUAUUACUAUUAUUAUUCGACCCUUUGAAUGUAAAUGCACUUUUCCUGGCAACUCUGUUGCACAUCUGGAUCCCUCUUCCAGUUCUGCUGGGGCGGCAGGUUGCUUUUGAGGGGCGGUUUGGGGGUGUGCACCUGCCCCAGUGAGAUUGGAAGCAGGAAGUGCCCAUCUGUGGGCUCCCGGCCUCGCAGGGCGUGCUCAGGAAAUGAUGCGAUCAGGACGCCUCGACCACAUCCUUUUCUGCCACUGUUGUCAAAGUGGAGGCAACCUUUGCUUUGUUGGGGAAGUUCGUCUAAGGCAGAACUGCACACUUGGGGGUCCGCAAACCAAGGAAUCCGCCGUUUAACAGGUGAGGUUUUCUAUUUUUUUGGUCUUCCCAUUGCUGUCCACUUCCCCACUCCUCUACCGGACUCAGCCAUUAGUAGGUGGGAGACAGUUUCCUCUUAAUGUCCCAAUGUGGAAAACACCCAGAGGAAGAGGCCCAUGCAGGGGUGGGGAAUCCGGGCCCCUCCAUGCCUUGCUGCACCUCGGCUCCCAUCGCCCCUAACCAUUGGGCAUGCUGGCUGGGGCUGAUGGGAAGACCACAAACUCCCCAGCCCUGCUGUGGGAGAGUGGCAGAGCAUCUACUCUCCUCAGUCAGAUGGGCAGGGUAGAAAAUAAAAAUUCUCACAUCUUUAUGGCUGCAAAGUUAAGCAGGGGGUGAGAAUCCUAGAAUUGUAGAGGUGGAAGGGCCACACGGGACAUCUAGUCCAACCGCCCCUGUAAUCUUUUGCCCAACUUGGGCCUCAAACCUACUACUGCUCUACCAACUGAGCCAUCCUGGGAGGGUCUCAGAAAACUGGAACGGAACUGAGCGGGACUUCACAAGCAGGUUGAGCUUUGGGACUUGUAGCUGCAGAAUAACAACUGCAGUGGUACCUCGGUUACAGACACUUCAGGUUACAGACUCCGCUAACCCAGAAAUAGUACCUCGGGUUAAGAACUUUGCUUCAGGAUGAAAAAAGAAAUCGCACAGCAGCGGCAGCGGGAGGCCCCACUAGCUAAAGUGGUACCUCAGCUUAAGAACCGUUUCAGGUUAAGAACGGACCUCUGGAACGAAUUAAGUUCUUAACCUGAAGUACCACUGUAUUUUUCUUUUCUUUUUUAAAAAAGGGCUGAGGUUUUAUUUUUAUUUUUUAAUACCGCUCCACCCACAACCCUCGAUUACAUCAAAAAUAAAGCCCAGUACGACCGCCCUGAUACAAAUCGGUGAUUUGACUCCUCCCUCUUUCUUCACAGUUUGGCUUCUACCUGACGCGCCCAUUCUGAUUCUGGAUGCGGCUUUGAUGUGGCUCCAUCUAAGUGGUCCACCCCCUGCUACGUUGUCAACACCGGCCCCCUCGACGGGAGCCCAGAUGCCUCCUUCCUCUGUGGCCUCCCCGCUCAGCGAGUGUGGCAGCUGCCUGCUGAUCAUGACAGGCAUUGCCUUCAUUGCCGGCCUUUUCAUCGUGAUCUCGGCCAUCCUCUGCGACCGGGUCUUCCGUGGGUCCCUGCCCUCAGAAAGAAGGGGGCUGCCGUCUGUCUGGAGGCAAGGCGGGACGCUGUGGAUCGAGCCUUCCAGGAGCCGCAGGGAGCCAGAUCUCCUAUCUAGGCCAUCAGAAACGGUGCCCCUUUGGAUCCAGCGCUCAAACGACUGGUUUCUGGAGCAAGGGAGCUACGAUUCCCCCGAAGAUACCCAGAUGGAGACGCAGAGCCCAAGCAGCUCGGCCCCUUUCUGGGAUGACGGCGAACCCACCUGGCGGAUACAGCCACGCGUCACCCUGCAGGACCUACAGAGCUUUUUCCAGCACAGCGGUCGGGGUACCUAGAGUGUUCCGUGGCUGGUUUCACUUAAGGCGCCCAAAACCUUCCCUGCCCGCUCCACUCCUUCCUGAAUCCAAGAAAGCUCAAAGGUCACUGUGGGGUGUGAGAUGGAAAAUUUCACUCUUGGGGUGUUAGGGCUUGGGUGGGAGUGUGUGGGAAAUGGGCAAGAAAACAUCUGGGGGUUUUUUAAUACCCUGCUGGUUGGUGUAAACAUAGGCUAUGAUUAGAGGACACCGGGAAGGAGAAUUCUGGGACCAAGGAGUUAACGUCUCGGUGUGCUGGAGAAGGAGGCAAAAAUGGAAAGUUGUUUUUUUAAAAAAUAAGUAAUGAGAAAACCCACAGACGUUUUGCUUCAUCAAAUACCCAUUUUUUAAUCUUUCCAACCUGACUCAUUUCAUACAUCUCCCAUGCAAAAUAUGCCAUUUCGGCUUAAAGGGUUGGGGCCCUCUGGUUUCCUGCAAGUGACCAGCCCUUAAGGACUUCCUCCCCGCACAUUAAACUGCCCAAACAGGAAGAUCGUACGGUCACAGUGUUAAAAGGGGCUUCAGAGCUCAACUAGACCAACCCGCUGCUGAUGCAGGAUGAAAGCAGGCUUUCAAAAACUGCAACUGUGCGUCUGACAUGCGCAAGAGUGAAUGUGGCAACGAAGCAAAAUGGUGGAUGUUUUGUAAUGGUUCUUGUGCUCUUGGCAAUUUAUGCUAAUAUGCUGAUUUUAAAAAAAUAUGGUUGACCUGUGGCUUGUUUUAUAUUGUAUUACAGUAGGCAGCAUUUUAAGUUUGUAUAGAAAAUAAUAAAUAAUUUAAAAUAA